AACGAGUAAAAACAACAAACGGUUUCUAAUGGAUUCAAGAACGUUCGACGAAGAAGAAAAUCGAAGCAUUCGUUUGCAGGUGUCGGAGCUUCAGAGAUUGGAGGAAGCUAGAGACUCAAACGACACCGUUUUCGAUCUAAGAAGCAGCAUUGAGAAAGGAGAUAGCGGCGAAACCGCAGACGCAGCCUCCGUCUCCUCCGCGACCGCGUUUCGGAGAAAAUCAACAGUCCCAGCUCCGGAGAAGAAGCUAACGCUAUUCGCUCUACAACUCGCGAUUCUCGAGAAAACCGCCACCGGAAUCGGAGCCCUUGGGUUUAUCUGGGCCACGGUGGUUCUUCUCGGCGGCUUCGCGAUCACACUCGACGGUUCCGAUUUCUGGUUCAUCACCAUCAUUCUCCUUAUCGAAGGUGCUAGAAUCUUCAGCAGAAGCCACGAGCUCGAGUGGCAGCACCAAGCCACGUGGACUGUCGCCGGCGUCGGAAUCAGUAGCUUUCGCGCUCUCCGAUCAAGCUCUGCCUCACUUCUCAGAAAUUUAAAACGAACCAGUGAAUUGAUCUUCAAGCCGAUCUUAGAAAGCCGAUCAAGGGAAGCGACAACGACAAGAGACUGCGUCGUUCGAGAAACGACGUUCGACGACUCGUGGAAGAACUCAGACGUGCCUCUCCUUCCGUACGCGAGAUGGUUCUUCAUCUCUAGCACAGUGAGUCGGCUUCUUUACUGGCUCCAGCUUCUGUCUGCAACGGCAUGUGUGGUUUUGUCUUCUUAUAAGCUCGUAAGGCACAACUAUGGAGAUGUACACAAAGGAGACACGGACAAGAGGAACAGACAGUCCGCUCUCAACAUAUUCUACGCUCUUGCUUUCGCCGAGGCGCUUCUGUUUCUCGCUGAGAAAGCUUAUUGGGAGUGGCAAGUCAGUGUUUGUAAUUUGCUUGAGAAUGUGACAAGAGAGUGUGAGUUUGGGGUUACUGGUUUGGUCUCGAUCAAGAGGUUUUUCUAUGAUUCCUACUCAAAAUGUGUCAAUGGGAGCAUCUUUGAUGGUCUGAAGAUGGAUAUAGUGAGCUUUGGUAUGGAGCUUUUGGGAUCAAACUCUUCUGAUGAACAGCUCAUCGGAGCGAGGAUUCUCAGGCAGUUUGCAGUGACUGAACGGUACUCAGAGGAUACACUUGAGAAGAUCGGAAUCAACUUCCCCGUUGUCGAAAGGUUGGUGGAAAUGCUGAACUGGAAAGAUCUCCAAGAGGAAGAGAUUAGGAGAUCAGCGGCUGAGAUACUAUCGAAACUCGCCGGAAAAAAGCAGAACUCUUUAAGAGUCGCUGGGAUCUCUGGUGCCAUGGAAUCGAUUUCAUCGUUAUUAGAGAGCACGAGAUCAUCAGGUGAAGCUCCUGAUGAGAUUGGAGAGAAAAAGGUGUUCCAUGACCAUAAUCUACACUACGAUUUCUGUAGAUUCAACAACUUGGGCCUCUUGCUUCUGAAGAAGUUAGCCAGAGAUCACGAUAACUGUGGAAAACUCGGCAACACGAGAGGUCUUCUCCCAAAGAUCAUUGAUUUUACACACGUGGACGAAACUCUACUGAGGGAUGAGAACGCAGACGUUGUUAGGUCGCAAGUUAUGACAUUGAAACGGUCGCUGCAGCUGGUGAAAAUGUUAGCCAGCACAACCGGGAACACAGGAAAAUGCCUCCGCAGAGAGAUCUCAGAGAUUGUUUUCACAGUCAGCAACGUGAGGGAUGUGCUGAGACAUGGAGUGAGAUACCCUAAGCUGCAGAAGCUCGGGAUCGGGAUCUUGACCAACCUUGCCCUUGAGACGGAAGCUCGGGAGAGAAUUGGUGGAACGGGUGGUGUUCUGAAAGAGCUGUUCAACAUUUUCUUCAAACGGGGAACGCACAUGGACGAUGGGAGUGAGGGAGAUGUGAGGAUCGCUGCAGGAGAAGCCAUAGCGAUGCUUGUGUUGGAGAGCAAAGGCAACUGCCUCCAUGUUCUUAGGCUUGGGGUGUUGGGAAGACUUGUGGAAUCACUUGAAGUCCCUUCGAUCCGUGUGAACGCAGCAAGAGUGUUGAGAAACUUGUGCUUAUACUCUGGGGAUGAAUGCUUUCAUGAGCUGAAGUUUGUUAAAGUAGCAGCACCAACGGUCUUGAAGUCAAUAACAUCAGAAGACAACAAAUUACAGGAAGUGAUGGUGGGAUUAGCAGCACAAGUGUUUAGAUUCAUGAGCUCGGAAGACUCGAGCUAUGUUUUCAUGGAUUCAGGGGUAAAGAGGCGGGAACUAGCGAGCUCGCUGGUCUCGAUUCUGAAAAAGCACGACAAGCCGGCGAUUAAGGUUCCAAGAAUCAGGAGAUUUGCGAUUGAGCUGGCGGUUUGGAUGAUGGAAGAUGACGUGGAGAAUAAUGUAGUGGUGUUUAGAGAGUUGGGUCUGGAGAAAGAGCUUGAGAAAGUCCUGGAAACUACGGCUGAGCUCGAGAACUUCGAUGUUUUCUCCGGCACUGUUGGAGUGAGCCGUCACAGCAGAACGGUCCAUGCGCUAGCCGAGCUGGCCUUGAAAAUUCUUGAGGAUAAUUGAACCGUAAACAAUCAUCCUGCAAAAGAAAUCUCAGAGCUCUGCAUUAGAGCUUCAAAUACGAUUCAUUGUUUUGCACGAAGAACGAAUAACAAUGUGUACAAAUGUGAUAC